AGUGUAACGAGCAUGUGGAGGACCAAUAUAAGACCAGAGGAGCCUCCUGCAGCACACAGCAUCUGUCUACAACCUGGACCAGGCUGCUCAGGGUGAACAAACCAACACCAUGCUUGGACUUUCUUUAAGGGUUUCUUGGAUCUGUCUGCUGCUGUUCAGCAGUGCAGCUUGUUUUCCUGCAACUAAAGGAGACUACAGAUAUCCAUACACAGUCUCUUCAUCGGACUCCAGUGGCUCUGCUCAUGGUUCAAACCCACAGCCUGACCACUCACGACGUCCUCUGGUGUCCCUGCAGCAUGAAGCUGCCAGCUCUGGAAGCCAGUCCCCAUCCAGUGUGGGAGCUCCCAUUGUGGCUGCAGGCUCUUCACAAAGUUAUGAACCAAACAAACCUUCCAGCGCUCCUGCAGGCUCAGAUGUGCCGGCGUACAGACCUGCCCAUGAAGCUUCAUCGUUUGUUACCUUUGCAGACCCUGCUGGACACACGGCUACAAGCUUCAACUUCGGCCCUGCUCCAUAUGAUGCUGGUGCCGACUUGGUUGAUGAACCUGUUCCGUAUGCCACUCCUGAGGCUGCGUAUCCUUAUGCUGCUGCUGGAAGUCCAAGCCCUUCUUGGUUUUCUUCAGGUUUUGCAGACCCUGCUGGACACACGGCUACAACCUUCAGAAUGGACGGACCGGUUCCCUAUGCUCCUGCUGCCGACUUGGGUGAUGCUUCUGUCCCAUAUCCAUACGGAAGCCCAGGUCUUCCUUGGGACGAGCAGCCUGCAGGGGGAGCUGAUGCUUCAUUCUCUGACCCAAGUAACUGGAUGCCAUCCCGAGCUUUCCCAGACUUCAACGCCUGGGACUCCGACAGUGCGAUGCCAUAUGGUGGGAUGCAGCAGGGUCCCAGUGAGACCUCCCCUCUGCUGCCUUCAUCCUACAUCAUCCAGUCCAGUAAUGGCUACCAGCGAGCAAGAGAAGUCCUCUCCCACACUAAAUACUCCCCUGAGUACCCUGCACCACCAGUCAUGCCCUUCAGGGCACCUGAAGCACCACGCAAGUCUCCAAUGACCGGAUCCAAAGGAGGACAGAAGGUCUAACGGGGAUCAACUUGUGACAGCUUCAGGAACCUUCUCAUGUUGGGCUGUUUUUGAAAAGUUGAUAAAACUAAUCAAUUUAAA